CAACAUGGCGGGAGGUGUGCGGAGAAAGGCUGCGGCCUCCCCGGCGGGCUCCACGGCCCCUCUGUGGGGGAAACUCCGCGCGCUUUGGCAGGACAAACAUUUGGUCCUCUUCAGGGCGGAGUACACGUUACUGGUUGUGUCAGUUUUAUGGUUUCUGGAGAUCGGGAUCAAUGUGUGGGUCAUUCAGAAGGUAGCAUACACCGAGAUCGACUGGAAAGCUUACAUGGACGAAGUGGAGGGGGUCAUCAACGGGACGUACGACUACACCCAGCUGAAAGGAGACACGGGGCCUCUGGUGUACCCGGCUGGGUUUGUUUACAUCUUCACGGCUCUGUACUACCUCACCAGCCACGGGGCGAACAUCCGUCUGGGCCAGUACAUCUUCGCCGUGUUCUACCUCGUCACGCUGCUGCUGGUCUUCAGGAUAUACUAUCGCACAAAGAAGGUUCCUCCGUAUGUGUUCUUCUUCGUGUGCUGUGCGUCCUACCGGAUCCACUCCAUCUUCGUCCUGCGUCUUUUCAACGACCCGGUGGCCAUGAUGCUGCUGUUCGCAGCUGUGAACCUCUUCAUGGACGGGAACUGGACUCUGGGCUGCGCUCUUUAUAGUUUAGCAGUUUCUGUGAAAAUGAACGUGCUGCUUUUUGCCCCCGGAUUACUUUUCCUUCUGCUGACGGAGUUUGGCCUCAUCAGGACCAUUCCGAAGCUUCUGCUGUGUGCAGGCAUACAGCUUCUGCUGGGCCUCCCCUUCCUCCUGGACAACCCCAUUGGCUACGUGAGCCGAGCGUUCGACCUGGGCCGUCAGUUCAUGUUCAAGUGGACGGUCAACUGGCGCUUCCUUCCAGAAUGGCUCUUCCUGAGUCGAUACUUCCACCUGCUGCUGCUGACGGCUCACCUGCUCACCCUGCUGCUGUUCGCGCUGCGCCGCUGGAAGAGACCCGGAGAAAACCUCUUUGAGCUGCUGAAGCAGCCGAGCCAGAGGAGCGUGGCGCCUCAGAAAAGCACCGUGGAUCAGAUCGUGCUGGUUCUCUUCACCUCCAACUUCAUCGGCAUGUGCUUCAGCCGCUCGCUGCACUACCAGUUCUACGUCUGGUACUUUCACACGCUGCCUUUCCUGCUGUGGAGCGGAGGAGUCAAGAAGCUGGCACACCUGCUCAGGGUUUUGAUCCUGGGGCUGAUCGAACUGUCGUGGAACACGUAUCCCUCCACUAACAGCAGCUCGGCGGCGCUCCACGUCUGCCACUUCAUCAUCCUGCUGUGUCUGUGGCUGGCUCCGCCUCCGCCGCCGCCCUCCGCUCCAGGAGAGACGCCGCAAACAUCCGACAAGGACAAACGGCACUGAGCCGCAGCCGACGGGGCAGGCGCCGCAGCCUCCGUCCUCCUCAGGGAGUCCCUGCGCCGGACGGUUCAGGAGCCAUUCAAAGCUUCUCAUCUCCGCCCACUGCUCAGAGUGGACGGCGCCGCCAGGCAGAUCUCCACCUGGUGAAGAGGCACCGAGGAUCCGCCGGCGGCCGAGGAGAUGAGAGGAGAAAAUGUGGAUUCUCAGGUUUCAUUUCCACACAGUUCACAUGAGAAGUGGAGAAAUCUUAAAAGUUUUACUGUGAGGGAGGAAUGUGUUACACAGGAUUGAUUUCUGUUUGUGUCGAAGCUUCAUUCUCUCCAUUUUUCCUCUGGCUUACUACUUUUCCACCGUGUUUUACAUGUGCACAGGUAGUUUCUAUUAGGACACGAGAUAAAAUGAAGACUGUUAGCACCCAAACAAGAGGAAACCAGCUUUAAAGUGUCCGUAGUGGUAGAAGGCUUUAAGACAAUCAGGCCAAUCUGCUCUUUGAUGAAUUUCAGAGUCUCGACGAGAUUGAAUGUGAAAAACAUGCAACAGACUGAAGCGUGGUUUAAAACACAGGUGCCUCCUGCACGUCAUGCUCUGUCUCGUUUCUGCACGCCGUGGGUUUUAUUCUCUUCAGACAUGGAGUGAAUCUGUGAUUAGUUUAUUAAACGAUCAUCCUGAAAUCAAA